AUGAGCAAAGUGUUUGGAAUCCGGUCUAUUUUGCGGAUCUCCCCGCCGUCGCCGACGAAAUUGCGCGUCGGCCGUCUGCACAGACGCCAUGCGUCCGUCAAGACAGACAACAUCGACUGGGACCCCAUGAAAACCACCAAGCAGCUCACCAAGGGCAGAGAGCUCGAGGCCAAGCACAGCAGGCGGGUGUUUUUCGGGCUGCUGUGUCUCACGCCGGUGGUGACGUUCUUCCUUGGCUGCUGGCAGUUUCAGCGGCUCAAGUGGAAAAACCGGCUCGUUGCUGACUGCGAGGACAGACUCACAUACAAGCCGCUUCCUCUGCCCAAGUCGAUCACCCCCGACCAGCUGGCCGACUUUGAGUAUCGCCGUGUGCUCAUCACCGGCGAAUUCGACUACUCCCGAGAGGUGUUUGUGGGCCCUCGCGUCGAAAACGGCCUCAAGGGGUACGUUCUAAUGUGUCCGUUUGUGCAGUCCAACGGAGCAGGCGAAGUUCUGGUGAACCGCGGCUGGAUUAGAGAGGACAAGGUGGUGCCUGGCAACAGACGGCUGCAGCAUCUGUCGUGUCCACAGGGCGAAAUCACCAUCGAGUGUCUACUAAGAGUUCCACCGAAAAAGGGCCGUUUUCAUAUGGACCACGAAAAAGGCUCCAAGCUGUACACGUACCUGGACAUCGAUGCCAUGGCCGAGGAGCUGCAUUCGAGACCCAUCUACGCCGUUGUGGUGCAGAACCUCAGAGACAGACCCGAGUGGCUACCAAAGCCCGAGCCGGAGCAGGUUCCGUGGUGGAAGUUCUGGAGCCGGGCCAAGCCCGAGGAACAGCCGGCCCCGGCUGCAGACGACGAGCUGGAGUUCAGCCCGCUGCAGUUCAUGAACGCAGGCGUGCCGCUCGGCAAACCACCCACGCUCGACUACAAAAACAACCACCUGCAAUAUCUGGUCACGUGGUGGGGAAUCUGCGUUGUUUCGGCGAUCCUGCUCAGACGCGUCAUCAGAAACAGCAAGAUCGUGAACCCAAAGAUGGAGAAGAUGCAGCACGCCAACAAGUACCUGGGCUAG